AUGACGCCCACUAACCCCUCCGCGCCGGCGCCCUACGACACGCCUCUCUCCCAGCCGCCUUCCCUCCAGCAUCAGAAACAGCUCAAGCCCCAGCAGUCCCCGCCGCCGCAGCAGCUGCACCAGCCUCUAUCCCUGCCGCGCAGCGUGAAGCGCCCCCGACCCGUCAAGUCUUGCACCGAGUGUCGCAAGCGGAAGCUGCGCUGCGACCGCUCAUGUCCUUGCUCCCAGUGCCAGAAGUCGAGCCGAAUCUGCAAGUAUGCCGCCGACAACGACACCGGGAACCUCUCCGACGCCUCGGACAGCGAGAUAACCGAUUCCGCGCGACCGACGAAACGCAAUUGUCUUCCUGCGGCACCAAUCGCGCCUCUGAAAUCAGCUACGGUCAUGUCCACAGUAACAGAGCCGCUAUACACGCCCUUUCGCAACGGAGACCCGGCAAUGAAACAACCCACACUCGAAAUCCUGCUGGAUCGGAUAGAGAGCUUGGAGAAGCGUUUACAGCCUCGAAACUCGGCAGACAGCGAGCCUGCAGGUUGGAGGAGAUCGCUUGAAGUCUCAGCUAAGACCGUUCGCGCCUUGUCUGUGAAGCUUGGGGGUCAGAGGGCGCGCCUCCAUGGCCCGGGGAGCCCACGUGUGUUGUUGAAUCUUUUUGACGAAGCAAAAGACUUCAUGCGCGACCAUGCCAAAGAUCGAGAAACGAGGGAAAUAUUCUCUAGUUUCAAAAGGCUUCAUACCGUACUACGUGCCGAGUACCAGAGAUCCUUGUCCCCAAUUCCCAUAUUCGUCGAGUCCAUGCUACCACUCCAAAAGCGCAUGGCUGAUAUUCUGCCCAACAAGGGCGUAUGCGACCGACUGCUCAAAGCGUACUUCGACGCAAACGAAACCAUGUACCGUAUCGUACACAUUCCCUCAUUCACAAAGCAGUACAAUCGGUAUUGGGAGAGCAAGCCGUCAACAGAAGCGUUCCUCCCCCUUCUGCUGACCAUCCUUGCGACCGCAUCCCGCUUCGGCACCAAGUCGAGGGGUCUCGGCCACGAACGAAGCGAGAGCAUCCACCUACCCACGGCUUGCGCCCUUGUCCAGUUAUGGCUCAGUGGCCUGCAGGGAAAGCAGCUGAUCGAGCUGGACACUCUCCAGGUAUCUCUCUCACUAGUAAUGACCAAGCGCCUGUUUAGGGAGGGCACCCGUGACGGGUGGACAGCCCUUUCGUCGAUUGUGCGCAUGGCGAUGGAUAUGGGACUUCAGCGAGACCCCUUGGAAUUCGGCGGUGCCAUCUCUCCGUAUAUCGCCGAGAUGAGGCGACGCCUCUGGAUCACAGUGGCAAACUUAGACUACUUCGUGUCCAAUGACUGCAAUAUGCCCAGUGUCUUACGCGAGGGAGAUUUUACGACCCGGCCUCCUCUGAAUGUAGACGAUUCAGAGCUGUACCCGGAAAUGACGGAGCUACCGCCCAGCAGGGCCUUUGACCAAGUCACAGACAUGCAAAUCCAGUCGUAUUCGGCCAUGACGCUCGGUAUUCGAUUGAAAGCCGCAAGCCUGGUGCGCCGAGUCGACUUGAUAACAGACUGGACCGAGAUUCUCGAGGUAGGCUCCAAGUUAGAACGGCAUUUGGAAGAAAUCAAUGCCAUCGCGCCUCGGCACGGUGCGAUGGCUAACGAAGCAAAGAAUGCUCGGCUAUGGAAGACACUCAUACUCCUCGACGGACAUGUCCGGCGCCCGCUCCUCAACUUGUACCGACCUUUUACUCUCGGAGUACCAAAUGUCCCGCCUCAAAUUCUGCGGGGCUAUUUCCGAUCGUCAAUGGCUCUGAUGAGCAUUGUGGAGGAGCUUGAUCCAACCAGUGCGGAUUAUGAGGAUAUAAAUGACAUGUCGCAUGCAUCCCUGAAAGGCGACAUUGAACAGGCUGCGUUCAGCGUCUGCUACUACAUCCGCGCCGCGAUGCGACAGGCUACAGACAGCACGUCUCUAGCCAUGCAGCAGGCACUCCGCAUGUCACCCGAGGCCGACGAUCCCCCGCACAGCGGUGGGUUGGUGCUGUGGUCCCUCCCUCGGCUGAUCAACACGACCCAAAACGUACUCGAUUUUCUUAUCAAGAAUAUUAAGCGGGGAGAUACGAAGGACAUCAUAUGCCUCUCGGUGGUCCUCGAGAGUGUGAAGAAGCCGAACCCCCACCCGGAGGAGAUGGCAUAUGGAUUGCGCGUCGUCCUGGACUCGUGUCUACGAUCUGCUAACCUCAGCCUCGAGAGACUAGCAGCUGCACAGGCGGAAACCCCCCAGGGUGAAUUAUAUGGCCCUGCAAGGCCGGCAUACUCGAAGCAAACUUUGAAUUCGGUCAACCUCCUCAGCUCUGUCGAUGAUGACCAGGAUGGCUGGGCGUUUUGGGACGGAUGGGAGUAA